CGUUGUAUUCUGCCCAAUUCAUCCUCCUGAACCCGAUCUGGAGGGAGAGAUAAGAGUGAGAAACUUGGAAACCCUAGCUAUGGAGAAAGACAAGUCGAGCAAACGCGACCGCAGAGAUCGAGACAGAGACUACGACAAACAUCGCAGCCGUGAUGCCGACGAAAAGCGAUCGUCAAAGGACUCCGAAUACCACCGCCACCACCACCGAUCGGACCGCGAUUCCAGGCGCGAGCGCUCUCGCGAGCCCCGCGACCACAAAUCUCGCCGCGAACGGUCGCGCGAGCCGAGCGACGACGGCCGGGAUGUCUCGCGCGACCACCGUGAGCGGUCCUACGAGCCAAGGGAUGAGAGGGAAGGGAGCAGAGAGAGGUCCAGGCAUCGGGAAGCGAAGCGCGAGAGGUCAGAGGAGCGAGAAGAAUCGAAGCGUAAGAGGAAAGAAAGGGAGAGGAGUGAGGGUCGAGAUGGCGAGGGUGAUGAUUUAGAAGAUAAGAAGAGGUCUAGGGUUUCGGAGGGGGAGAGGAAAGAGAGGAAGCGAUUCGAGGAAGAUGGUCACGAAGUGAAUGGUGGUCAGAAAAAGAGUAGGAGGUUUGGUGACCGCCGAGUAAAGGAGGAAGAGGGCAGAGAGAAUGGCGAAGUUGUUGAACGGAGAACUGAAUUGAAUGUGAAUGCGAGCGAGGUUAAUGUUAAGGAAGAAGAAGUUGGGGAUGAUCAUAUUGGCAAUUUCCAGAGCGUCGCCGCCACCCCAAAUGGGAUUGGUCGGGUGGGUAAUGGCGCUGCUAUGGAACCUACUAUGACAUCUAGGAUUGUGCCUGAGACCUCUUUCGCUCCCAUUCAUCCCCUUCCUACCAAGGUAUCUUCAAUUCCUACAACAAAUGAAAAUAAGGGAGUUAGUAUUACCAGAUCUCAUGAGGUUCAUGGAAAAUCUAGUACAGAUGGAACAUCUUCAACUGCUGGGAAAAGUGCGAAUCUGUCUCUUGGUGAUGUUGAAAAAAUCAAGAGAACUUUACAAAAGCAGAAGGAAUUGACUGAGAAGCUGAAGAAGCUUAACCAGUUGAAGAAGGAAGGCAAUUUAAGCAAAGAUGCUAGCCAGAACUUGGAAUUGAAGGAGGGACUGAAACCACCAGCUACUACUGCUGGGUUGCUACACGCACCGACCCCAUCAACAGCUGUUACUACAGCUGCUUCUGUGGCAACAUUUGACUCAUCUGCCCUACCCAUAUCUGCAGCAGCCGUUCCCAACUUUGAAGCUGUAAAACGUGCACAAGCACUUGCUGCUCAGAUGGGGUUCCGUCAGGACCCUGAUUUUUCUCCUCUCAUAAACUCAUUUCCAGGACAGGUGGCUACUGAUGUUGCUGCCCCGCAGAAGCCUACUAAGGCCCCUGUUCUUCGUCUUGAUGCUCUUGGAAGGGAAAUAGAUGAACAUGGAAACUUAGUGAAUGUGACGAAACCAAACAACCUCAGUACCCUAAAGGUCAACAUUAACAAACAGAAGAAAGAAGCAUUCCAGAUUCUAAAACCUGAAUUGGAUGUGGAUCCUGAAAAGAAUCCUCAUUUUGAUCCGGAUGUGGGCAUCAGUAAAAAUUUUUUGAGGCCAAAGAGGAUGGGUUUCGCGUUUGUAGAGGAAGGAAAAUGGACAAGAGAUGCUGAGCUUAUAAAAUUAAAGAGUAAAUUUGGAGAAGCACAAGCCAAAGAGCAAAGAGCAAAGCAGCAACAGUUUGCAAAGGCAAAGGCAGCGCCAGAUAUUAAUCCAAAUUUGAUAGAAGUAGGGGAGAGAGUUAUCACCAAAGAAAAACCAAAGGAUCCAAUUCCUGAAAUUGAGUGGUGGGAUGUGCCACUGUUGCACUCUGGUACUUAUAAGGAAGUUGUUGAUGCCACAGUAGCUGAAGAUAAAUUAAAGAUGGAGAAAAUCACAAUCUAUAUUGAGCAUCCUCAACCUAUUGAGCCCCCUAUUGAGCCAGCUCCUCCACCGCCUCAGCCACUGAAGCUGACCAAGAAGGAACAGAAAAAACUACGUACACAGAAACGUCUGGCCAGAGAGAAAGAUAGGCAGGAGAUGAUUAGACAAGGCCUGCUUGAGCCCCCAAAGCCAAAAGUUAAAAUGAGUAAUUUGAUGAAGGUUCUUGGCUCUGAAGCAACCCAAGAUCCAACCAGGCUUGAAAAGGAGAUCCGGAGUGCAGCUGCUGAACGUGAACAAGCUCAUGUAGACAGGAAUAUAGCACGGAAGCUCACUCCUGCCGAGCGUCGUGAGAAGAAAGAAAGGAAGCUUUUUGAUGACCCUAAUAACGUGGAGACCAUCGUCUCAGUUUACCGGAUCAACGAGCUGUCACAUCCAAAGGCCCGCUUCAAGAUAGAUGUUAAUGCGCGAGAGAACCGGCUGACUGGAUCUUGUGUGAUAUCAGAUGGUAUUAAUGUUGUGGUUGUUGAAGGUGGAAGCAAGUCUAUCAAGAGGUAUGCAAAGGUUAUGCUUAGGCGCAUAAACUGGGCUGAGGCAGUAAAAGAAGAGGAAGAAGACGAUGAUGCUGACGAUGACAAGCCUCCUAACAAGUGCGUGUUAGUAUGGCAAGGAAGUGUUGCAAGACGGAGCUUCAAUAGGUUUUCUGUUCAUGAAUGCAUGACUGAAGCUGCUGCCCGGAAGGUUUAUGCUGAUGCUGGCGUUGCUCAUUACUGGGAUCUUGCGGUCAACUUUCAAGAUGAUAAUUAGUAUUUGGAGAUGUUGCUUCGAUGAAGUAUUCCGUGUUCCUUGUCUUAUAUUUGCUCAACGUGGCCACUUCGCUACAACAUUUUGGUAACUGAAUAGUAGUUCUAAAAUUUGCCCUUUGCGAUUUCUUAAUACGGCACCUUUUAUGUUGCAUAUGCCUAUCUUAAGUGAACCAUUCUGUCCAAUGGCUGGCACAAAUUGAUUGCUUAAAUGAGAACACUUUGCAUUUCAAGAUGCUGUAAUUAAGUUGAAACUCUGAGAGUUGGGUAA